AAAAUGGCGUCUUUUACGGGCUAGCGCUUAUCCGCCGCAUACUGAAUACCGUUUCCUAAAAUCGUGGGUGUAACUAUUUGUUAGUGAUUAUAACAAUUUGUGAACGACUAUUUAGUGUUGAAGUGUAUUUUUUUUUACUACGGACUCUUGGAUAUUGUUUCGACACAUCUAUACGAGCUCCGUCAAAGAUAUGCAAAGAGUACAAGUGGAGGUCUGACGCGAUGUGUAAGGACGGAUGAGGCGCCGGCGCGCGCUCACGCGACGCGCAACCAAUCAAUAUGUCGUUCUUUAAUAAUCUUAAGAAGGUGCUGCACCUAGGCAGCGGCAAUGAUGCGAAGAAAAAGAAGGUGUUUAACAACAUCCGCGACAACAGCGACCCCUCGGAGAACUGGGAUAUGGUCGGAGAGCUUGGAGAUGGAGCAUUUGGCAAGGUAUAUAAAGCCCAACACAAGGCGACGGGUCAGCUGGCGGCCGCGAAGAUGUGUGUCCUUGACAACGAGGAUGACCUGGCAGACUUCACAGUGGAGAUAGACAUCCUAUCCGAAUGCCGGCAUCCUAACGUCGUGGAGUUACAUGAGGCGUACUUUAUUGAUAAUAAGUUAUGGAUGCUACUAGAAUACUGCGACGGUGGCGCCCUCGAUUCAGUGAUGGCGGAACUGGAGAAGGGUCUGAACGAGAUCCAAAUAGCGUACGUCUGCAGGGAGAUGUGCAAAGGUCUACAGUUCCUGCAUUCAAAAAGAGUUAUACAUAGGGAUCUGAAGGCUGGCAACGUCCUGGCUACCAUGACCGGUGGUGUGAAGUUGGCUGAUUUCGGCGUUUCAGCGAAGAAUAAGUCGACGCUACAGAAACACGACACGUUCAUAGGGACGCCAUAUUGGAUGGCGCCUGAAGUCGUGUUGUGUGAGACAUUCAGAGAUCAUCCUUAUGAUUUUAAGGUGGACAUCUGGUCAUUAGGUAUCACUUUAAUAGAGUUCGCCCAAAUGGAGCCGCCGAACCAUGAGAUGACGCCCAUGAGAGUGCUACUGAAGAUCCAGAAGAGUGAACCGCCCACUCUGGACCAGCCCUCUAAGUGGAGCAAAUCGUUCAAUGACUUCAUAUCUAAGGCUCUUGUUAAGGACCCAGAAAAGAGGCCGACAGCCGUAGAAUUGUUAAAACAUGAGUUUGUCAACGGGAAGCUGGACGCGAAGCCUCUGAGGGACUUACUCUUGGAGUACAGAGCUGAGGUCGUCGAGGAGGAGGUGCUCGAUGAUGAUUCAGAGGAGCCGCGCAGCUCACAUAUCCCUAUGGAGGAAGAUGACUCUACCUCCGUCCGCUCAGCCGACACGCCGGACGUCAAGAUGUCGGAAGAGCCCACAGCGGGUACGACCCCGGUGGGCACGGCGCGGCGCGCGCCACCAUCCCCCGCCGCGCCCCCGUCCCCCGCGGCCGCCGCGCCAUCGCCCCCCGCCGCCGCGGCCGCGCCCCCGCCCACCAAGCGUCCCCACGAAGACGAACACCCGCCUGCUGACAGGAAACCACCCGCACCAAAAAAAGAGAAAGGUCCGGCCCCCUUACCCCCUUCAUCGACCCCCGCUACCCCGACCACCACCGCUCCCCCCACCGCCACGACUCCCGCUCGCAAACAACCCGCGCCUCCUCCUCCAGUCCCACCUCCCACACAGAAUCGACAACCAUCCCCCUCUCCGUGCCCCACUCCGUCCCCCACUCCCCCUCAGACUCCCUCGUCGUCCCCCGCAAGAGACGAGGUCGUGGAUACCGCUACUACUGGCAGGCUGAUUGUAGACCAGGUAUGCAGAGACGCAGAAAAAGCAGUAGAAAACAAGAAAUCCGAAGCAAAACCCAAAAACGAACCAAAACCGUCAGAAAUAGACAAACAAACACAUAUACAAACAAAACAGAACAACAUAGAAGAUAAUAAAGUCAAAACAGAGAUAGAAAUUGAAAAGAGAGAGUCGGUUAAGAGAGAGAUAGAGAAGAGAGAGUCGAUAGAGAAGACUGGUGUAGAAGUAAAUAGAGUGAGUGCAGAAGUAAGUAGGUUAGAGAAGAUUGAGAAGAGUUUCUCUCGGUCCGGUUCUACGGAUGAAGAGGAGAAGAGAAGAGAUGUUGAUAGGAGAUCGCAACAUAAUGCUGUGGAGAUUAGGCCUGUGACGCCGCCUCAACCCAAAGAUUCGCCGUCGAAGCAGCCGAAGCCCACCGUGGUGGUGCAGCCGGUGAGCCCGGUGGUGGUGGCCGUGAAGGACAGCGUGGUGGUGGUGGAGCCCAACAGCCUGGCGGCGUGCCCGGCCGGCCUCGUCACCGUCACCACCACGCACCCGCCCGUGCUCAGCACCGCCGCCGCGCUUCCACCAAACGCGGUGACAAUAUCGACGACGCCGCCCAUAGCUGACGAGGUGGUGAUAGUCGGCGCCGGGUCGUCAUCAGACGAUGACUGCUUCGCGCCAUCAUCGCUGGACUCCUUGGAUUGUACGCAUUAUAGCGAAAAAACUCGAGGUCGUCGCCUGGAUAGCAGUGAGGUUCUGAUACUCAGUCCCACUGCGGCCGCCACCGACUCGGGAGUCUUUGACGACAGCGUCACCAACGGACUGCACCUGGACACGUCACACGUAUCAGUAGUGACGGUGGGCAACGAAGAGAUCCGGGUUCGAGAUUCGGCCGCGACACACAUCGCUCUCGGCUCAGUCAGUACUCGGCUCAGUCCAGAUAGCUUCGAGAGCAGGUCCCAGUCGGACAGCGGGUCGGUGUCGUCAGGGUCCCGCGCGGCCCGCGACGCGGACUCGCUGAGCGCCGCCACGCCCACCAGCGCCUCCCACGACGACCAGCUGCAUCUGGCGCAUCUCGGGACCGAGCUCAACGGGGGCGCCAGAGUGAACGCAGACACCCAAAAUCUAGACAACGGCACAGAAGAACCAGUAGUCCUCAGAAGAAAGCAACAAGAUGGCCAACCAGUCAACAGGAUACAGAGGUCAAAAGAAGACAUCCAUAUGGCCAACUUGAAGAAGAAGACGAGGAAACGCACGAGGAAAUUCGAGAUAGAUGGCGUUAUUGUAACUACUACCACUUCUAAGGUGAUAUGGGGCGACGAAGAGAGCGGUCGUACGUGGGACGACCACGCGCUUCGGAAGCAGGAGCUGCGCGAGAUAAAGAUGUUACAGAAGCAGGAACAGAAGCAGUUCCAGGACCUCAACGCCAAAGAGACACAGCUUAGGGAACAACAGGAUAAGAGGUUCGAAGCGGAGCUGGUAGCGCUGGGCAGGGCGCACGAGUCGGACCUGGAGGCGCUGGGGCGGGCGCAGCGCGCGGCGGCGGAGCGCGCGGACGCGGCGCUGGAGGCCGAGCUGCGACACGCCGGCAAGCGCCUGCGGGCCGACCACGAGCGGGACCUGCGACACUUCCGCGACACGCUCAAACAGGAGCUGCGCCUGCUCAAGCAGGAGGUCGAGCUCGUCGCCAAGGACAGGCGCAAGGACGCGUACCGCGUGCGGCGCGCGCGGCUGGACGCGGAGCACGCGGAGCGCGAGCGCGCCUUCGUGGCCGCGCUGGCCGACGGCGCCGACGCCGUGCUGCGCCGCAUACACGACGCGCACCGCGACCGCCAGGCCCUCGCCGACACGCAGUACCUGCAGCAGCGACACCAGAUAAUGCGAACACGCGAAACAGCGCUAUGGGAAUUGGAAGAGAAACAAAUCCACGAAAGGCAUCAGCUCGCCAAGCGACAGCUCAAGGACGAGUUCCUGCUGCGGAGACAUCAGAUGCUCGUCCGACAUGACAAGGAACUGGAGCAGAUCAAGAGGAAAAAUACUCGCAAGGAGGAAGAAUUAGCGAAGGUUCAGGCGUUAGAAAAGAGAUCCUUGCCCAAGAGAAUCAGAGCGGAGCAGAAGGCGAGGGAGAUGAUGUUCCGGGAGUCGUUGCGGAUCAGCGCCAUGAACGCGCCCUCGCAUGAGGACGAGAGGGAGAGGCUGAAGAAGUUCCAAGAGAACGAGAAACGCAGAUACCGCGCUGAACAGCAACGCCUAGCGACCAAACAUGCCAAAGCGAGGGAGGAGCUCAAGGCCGCUGGAGAGGCGUUACUCCGAGAGCUGGAACAGUACCAGAACGAGAAGCGCAAGGCUCUUAUGAACCACGAGAGCAACAAGAUGAAGGCCGUCGAGGAGAGAUACUCGCAGGAGUUGAAGGAGUGGCGCGCCACGCUCGGGGACAGGAAACUGAAUAUCAUAAAGUCCUUCGAGAAACACCUGGAUGAUCACGAGAAAAAGUUUGGCAUACCCAUACCAGACCGAGGAGUCUAUCUAAACGCGCCAUGGCCGAAAAAUGUCCUACAACAUGUUCUAAGCGCUUACCAGCAAAGGACAUCCUUUAUUGGGUCCCUGUCUAGAUCCAGGACGAGUUUGAACUUCCUAUCCGCAGCCAAUACCCCCAAUAUGGACCGGAGAAGGAGUAUCAGCCCAAGUAGAACAACGAGAUCUGCUGCAACCAGCGCUAAUAACACGACAAAGAGAGGCAAACUCACUAAAGGCAACCGCUAUGCCUCCACUUCAAACUUGAAACUGGUUUCCGACAAGAUAUCAGGGUUCUCAGUCUUUAACUCGAGCGAUGAUUGGCGCAGAGAACCGAUAAUGGCUUUUGGAGAUGACAGAAAGAUUGCAGAAGAAUCUGAGAGGCCUAAAGAUAAGAAAUUAAAUAGACAAUCGUUGUCCGAACAUCUUCUGAAGAAGGAACAGCCUCCGACAAUGAAGAGAAGUAUUUCACAACAGAGUUUAAAACAAGAUAGGGCCUUAGAGGCAGUCAUGAUCGAUCUACCGUCUCUAGAAACCCCAUAUGCCACCAUGAGAAGUGAUCGAAGUGAUAGUACGUAUACUGUUGACUCAGAUGAUGUGGAAACUCAUUUUAGUCGAUGGGGUCCCGUAAGAGGGUCGAAUAGUUACUCAAAUUCGGACUUACCUGUCAGUCAGCUGUCCACGCUUAACGUGAGAAAGUCCAUAUUAUCGGAUAAAACAGAUGGACCACCGGAUUCUGUUGUUUAAAGUUUCGCUUUUUGGAUGUGGGAGUUUGAAUACUUGGAGAUGAUUUUUGGAGAUUUUUGACUCUUACGUGCCUUGAUAGUAGUAGUAUUAUUAUUUCUUAUUUUGAAGGUUGAUAUAUUUUUGGCAAACUGUCUCUCAUCGACGUAUAAUUUAAUGAUAGGUUAACCCAGUCCUUAACAAUUGUUUUCGAAACAUAAGUACUAAGGAAUAGUUAAGCAAUCAAUAUGUUUCUAAAUACGGCGUUAAGUUCAGAGGCCUUAUUACAAGUAUGUUUUACGCUUAUAGUAGACGUAACGAGUACGCGUUCGGCGCUGUGAUUGGUUGCUUCAUUGGCGCCGGCCAAUCAGAUUGCCUAACGCGUACUCGUUUCAAAUACUAUAAACGUAAAUCAAACUCGUAUUAAGGCCUCUGUCCUACGUUCCCUGAGCGCUAAAUAUCACACAGUUUAUUUUUAUUAUCUUGUCUAGUUGUCCAAUUCGCUCCCGCAUCCAAAAUAUGUAUAAAGCAUGUUUUUAUUGUGAAAAUUCGCAUGUGUUUAUAUUACUGUAGUGCCAAAGUGUUUUUGCAUUGUAAUUAUAAUUUGCUACCUUCACGAAGAGCGUAUUAUUUCUUAACUCGUCGAGUACCGGUGUUGUAGACACAAUUAUAGAACAAUAGGUUGCAGUCACCGGUGACCGCUUGGUGUUUGACAGUUUAAAAGUUCGGCAACGUACCCGUAACUCCGUGUGUUGCAGGUGUCUACAACUGUAGCCAAAUGCCAUUUAGCGCUUGUCUACAUGUAGAAUAGAAAACCAAAUUUUAUGGGAUUGACGUAAAUUUUGACACUUUUCAUUGUCAUCCCCAUACCUUUUUGAUUUCUACUCUCUCUAUUGACAAGCGCUAAAGUGGCUUGUGGCUAGCCUCGUUUAUGGCGCUGAUCGCUUACCAUCAAGUGAUCCUGCUCUGUCUGCUCGUGCUUUCUAUUCGAUCCAUGUUAUUGGGAUUUUAGGUUUUCGAUAAUUCUAAAUAGUUUUACAUAGUCUUGUAUUGUGCUCGGUGUAUGACAAUAGGCCUUCUAUGCCAAGAGACUCCAACGCCCGUUUUGACCAACCUCUCCUCUAAAUUUUAGGGAACCCCUAAGCUAAUAAAAGUGGUAUACAGGGUGGAAUUUUGUAAUGUUAUCUAAAGGGGAAGUACUCUUAAUACUUAUGAUAGAACAUUUUUCUCAAUGAAAACAUUUGUUAAUUUUUGAAAAGAAACAAAACUGCUUUCAAUAAUUUUUAAAAUUCGCUUGCCGCACACGGUAAUCGUCCCGACUAAAUUCUGUAAAAGUUGCACCCUGUACAUUAAUUGCAUCGAUUGUUAGGGUCAUUAAGAAUCUAUAAUUAACUUCAUAAAUUUAAUAAAAGGAAAACAAUGAAAUAAAGUAAU